AGCUCUCGAGCUGUUCCUUAAAAAUUUUACCGGGUAAUUAAAACGAAAGCUGGAGGAAAUGUCGCUUAAUUGGCUGCAGGAGGAAGCUGAUUUGUAAUCAACCAAACAGUAUACAGUUACUAAAAUGGAUUAUAAGAUUUCCCUGGACAAAAGGACAUAUGAUUUCAAGGAAGGUGUAUGCAUUUACUGUAACAAAGGAGACGACGAUGUAGACUGCGGCAAGCUUCUAAAAGACCCAGACGACAAGAUCUCUGUUCACAAUUAUUGCUUGUUGUUUGCAAGCGGUUUGUCCCAAAGAGGAGAAGAUUCCGAAGGCAUCAAUGGAUUUCUUCUGCCUGAUAUCCUGUCUGAAUAUCGGAGAGCCAAAAGACUGAAAUGUGUUUACUGCUCACAACCAAGAGCGACCGUAGGCUGCUCUGUUCAGAACUGUCGGAGAGGUUACCACUUCAACUGUGGGUUCAAGAAGGAAGCCAUUUUUCUCUUCUUUGAUACUUUCUUGUCAUACUGCGUGGAUCAUCGUCCGCAGCAAGUUGGCCCAACAAAUCCCUGCAGCCAAUCUUCAGUCAUGUGUCCGAUCUGCAUGGAUGAAGUGGAAGCCAAGGUGUCCAACCACACACUGAGAACGCCAUGCUGUAACAACACCUGGUUCCAUCGCACUUGUGUUCAGCGUCAGGCAUUAAGCGCUGGUUACUUUUUCCGCUGUGCCAUCUGCAAUAACCAGACGGAAUUCCAGGAUGAAAUGAAGCGGUUUGGAAUCUACAUCCCUGAACAUGAUGCUUCAUGGGAGCAGGAGGACAACGCUUACCAAGAGCUAUACUGGAGACAUGAUAACUGUGAUAUCGACCCCUGUAAAUGCCCGGAAGGCAGGAAGUACAAUGAAGUGUCAAGUAAGUGGGAGCUUGUACUGUGUGAUCUGUGCGGUUCAUGUGGUUGCCAUCUUGCCUGUGGCGGGCUGAAGAACAUCAAUCAAGACUGGGCAUGUUCUCAGUGCAAUGCCAUGCUAAGUAAUGCUACAGAAGUCAACUGUCCCUCCAAAAAAUCUUCACAGGUACCUACAUCGCCAUGUGUGGACUCUCCAACUAAGAUCGGAAACAGCACCAGGACAGCCAUGAAGCUCAUGGGGAAGCACCCCCGCACUCCGCUCUCUGCGCACGGGAUGCGCAAGAAGAGCGCAACAACUACCUCUUCACAGUUUGGUUCUUUGGAUCAUUGCCGGCCGUCGACAUCCAAAGAAGGUCUUCAGGAGACGGCGAGUCCUUCCAAGAGAAAGAGAAAGCUGUCAUUUAACAGCAAAGAGAAUGCACUUGGAGACACCGACAACAACUCUCAAGACACGAACUCAAAGAAGCACUGUGCUAGGAAAACACAAUCGUUGGAAUUCUGGUGUGAAAACAUUAAAGCUGGGUUAAAAGCAUCUGCAGGUUUGUGUUACGGGAAAAGGACUACUCUGCGUAUGAGCAUGCGUCCCAGAAAUGUCUCUCAGCCGAGUAAGACCCGCCCUGUUCCAUCUAAAAGUAAAACUGCAGAAAGUCCUGCCAAGAAGGUUAUAAAGAAGGCAAUAAACACUUCAGUUAGUAAAACAAAAGGGAGUUCAACUUUGGUCGCGAGUAAAAUAGAAGCUUAUUUCUCAGCAGCAUCAAAAGAAUUCACUGGUAAACCAGUUAAUUCAGUUAAAAAGGAUAAGGGCAUUGCCGUUCAAGGCUCUUCUAAACCAAUCAGCUUGAAUAAAAACAAAAUGAAAAGCGAGAAAGUAAGAGAGGUUCAAGUGGAGGAUAAAUCAAAGGUCGCAAAAGCAGCAUCUAGUAAACAAGGGGGGAAAGGUUCCCAAAGAAAACCAACUCUCAUCAAGAUUAAGAUUACUAAAAGACAACCAGAUGUUGGUAAUCCUCUGAAAGGUACUAGUGAAAAAAGACAUGCCGGAAGCAGAAAAUCUUUCCCCGAAGGCUGUGACAGAAAAACGUCUGUGAUAAAAAAGGAGUAUGAGGAUAAAUCCGCUGAAACUCCAUCUACUGAGCGAUCUGCGUCCCCUACGGAACAAGAAGUGUUCUUCAAGAAUAUGAAAGGGUGCCCUAGAAAUUCUGUUUCCUUCAUGCUAAACUGGGGGAAGAAAGGUGGUGACAACGAUGACGUCGUUGCAACAUCUACAUGUGAAGAGAGCACAUACACAAGUAGGGAGAGUGACUGUUACAAACAUGAAGAAGAAAACAUGGUAAGGGGACGCUGUAACACCACCCAUCAUGAUUCCUUCCAAGGACAUGCCCCACCAGACGGGUCAACACCAGCUGGAGCUGUCGACAAAGGUGAGGAGGAGAUACAGCUUCUCUCUAGAAAGUCUGGCAUACAUCAAGACAUCUCUUUGCAAAAUGAGAGUACUGGUGAUGCUACUCCCUUCUGCAACUUACGGGAAGGUGAACAAUCAUCUGCUAGCCAGCCUAAAGAGUCCUCGACUAGCCAAGUACUAAGUAAAGAUAGCCCUGCUGGAAAGGCCAAUUCCGAUGAAAGCACUCCCGGGAGUGGUAACCCACAAUCCGCACCCAGGAAGAGAAGCAGAAUAAAACUGCGCCAUAUGUAUCCAUUAGUCAAACCACAUUUGACUAAAGUGAAACGAAGAAAAAUGAGAGCUCAGUCUCUACUACGGAGGUCUCAAAGGCAAAAGUGCAAUGAUUCUCAGUCUAAAAAGAAAGCAGCCCGCAGCGUUUCAGCAGUUAUCAAACCGGUUAAUCAAGUCAGAGAAACAUCCAGUGGGAUGCUUCUGAGGAGACUGCAUUCCAAAAGGAACUAUAGUCCCUAUCAAACCAGACCAGGAGAGAAGCCUUCAGUGUCCAGUAGUCCUGUAAAGUCAACCAGACCACCAGUCAAAGUCGAGGAUGGUACGAAGAAAGCCAGUUCCAUCGAGGUUGAUCUCGCUGGAGGUAACAAAGAACAACUCUCAUGGAUGCCAAGACGGGAAACAAUUGAAAGUUAUCUGGCGACUGAUAUUUCUCCUACCCUGCACCUUGAGAAUUCAGAGGAGUCUUUAUCCCAUCCAGAUAUAGUUCAGCAGACUGGAGGAGCUUCCCUGAGGAUGCAUGAAGGGAAGAAAAAGCAAGAUAUUCCUGAUGAGUCAUUUGAGAUUAAAAACACUAUAGCCUCUCAAUCUGAUGGGGUACCCUCUCCUGUCCCGUCAGCUCUGAUCUCUGAAGACGCCAACGAGAUAUUCGAGAAGCCAGAUGCCACCAGCUGCGAAGAAAGUACACACACUGAUGCUGAAUCACUUGAAGAAUCGGCUGUAUCAUCAGAGCAUUGGACGCCUUCAUCCAAGCAUCCAAACAAAGAUCCUAUCAUUCCAUCAGUUAUAACAGAUGACAAAACUACUGAUGAAUCUGUUUGUGAGAAACCAGGUGACAAGAAUGCACUUGGGCUCGAGAUCGUAAAGCCACCCAGUGCUGAUCGAAAAUUAUCGUCUGAGACAUCACCAGACAGUGGAAUCUCACAGAGCUACAGCUACAAUAUUGACGAGUUGACUGUGGAGAAACCGUCACCGAUGAUUAUUGAGGAGAACAGCUUUCCUCCUUGGCUGCCAAGAGAAAGCCCAACUUCUGAUCUGUGUAAGUCAAGGGAACAAAAUGGCAUGGUAGAUGAUCAAAGUAAAAAUGGUGUAGAAGAUGAACUCAUAGAAAAAAAUCAUUGUGAGCAUGGGGAAGCUGUUCCUCCCUCUUGCUCAAAGAGUGAUAUCGGCACGAACGAUACUUCUAGAAGCCCUGAAAAGAGAAAUGGCAAUUGCCCCGAAACAGAGAGCAAUGAUCUAAAAACUGUUACUUGGGACAGCUAUCGUAACAUUUUCUCUGGUGCAGAGAGUGAUAUUGGCACGAACGAAACUUCUGGAAGCUCUGAAAACCGAAAUGGCAUUUGCCCCGAAACAGGGAGCAGUGAUCUAAAAAUUGUGACUUGGAACAGCUAUCGUAGCAGCCUCAAUGAUGCAAAAGUCUCACCAUCUGGAUCACCAUCCAGCAAGAACUUUGAUUGCAAACUUCAGAAUUCACCAAGCAUUCCUUUUCCAGCCAAACCAUCCUCAUUGUCUCAGGAUGACGGGGACAAGCAAGACAGUCCUGGUAAUCCUUACUUCUCUAUCCAGUGUCCAGAAAAAUGUAUUGACAGAGAUGAAGAUGCCAAUACAAAGAAAUCUAUUCCUACUCCUGAGAAAAUGUUGAUUCAAAAGUCCUUACUUAAUGUGUACUCUGAAACACAUGAAGUGUCCAUAAAGCAGGAGGAAACCUCAAAGGAGUCACCCGCAACAAGUUGUCUACCAUCUGAAGAAAAGGAUUCCAAAGGAUCCCUAGAAAAGAUACCCUCAGCAAAUUCAUCUGAAAUCAAAUCGUCCGAAUGCACAACACCAGAAAGACAUGAGAGUGUCUUUGAUAGCCCCAUAGCUCAUAACUCAAAAUGCCCUUUCUGUGCCGGCUGCAAAAGUAAGUUGGGACACGAUUCUCCGUCUACAUGUACCUCGACGGAAAGCUCAACAGAUGCAGCUUCGCGAUCGACAAUGCUUCUCCGCUCUAAUUCUCUGAGUUGCAAAUCGCCAUUUUCACCAUCUCCCACUUUUGGCAAGGUUAGUCCACUUCACCCUAGACUUUACAGGGCGUUACUGGGACCGGGGUCGAGGCAGCCGACACGAAGCUCCCCGAGAACUACCAGCCCUGUGUCUCUCCAAAAGCGUGCAAGAGAUAAUCGAUCGCCACUUCUAAACUCUUAUCCUUCACGAAUCAACAAAAGUCUUGUUCAGUCUUGCCAGACAUCCUCUCAUUGCACCCCAGGAUCGUGGCCCAAGAAGCAACGCUCAACUUCAAGAAACGACCCCAGGUCGUCGACAGGGCCCCCUAAACCUUUAAGUGUGACAACUCAGGACUCUGGGAAAACAAAAGGCAGAGUAAAACUAUUCAUCUAAAAAAAAUUAUUUGAAGAUAGCAGAAUUGAAUAUUAUUUAUUUUGUAUAUUAGGCCUACAUACUAAUUUAGGUAGAGAUCUUUAAAAAGAGAUAUUGCCAUUGUGGAAACAGAUUUUUGUAAAGUUUGGGAAAGUGGCAUUGUGUAUUGGCAGAUAAUUAUAGUUUUUGAAAUACAAACAAAACAUUAAGAAAUAAUAAUAACACGAAUUGAUUUCUUUAUACGGACAAAUGUAAUUGUCCUUUCCCAAUGUGUAAAUACGUGUACAUGUACAUAUAAAUUACUAAUUUCAAUCUUUUAUUAUAUAGAAAAAAGCUCUGUUUGAGAAGGACUCUCCUGUUGUGGAAACAUGAGGCCAUUAGUUAACUGUUUGCAUUUAAAACCCAAGUAACUCUGCUUGGCAAGCAGUUUGCAAUGGCCAGUUCUAUUUUGUCAAUGAUAAUAAUAAUAAGAGUAAUAACUGGGCUCCAACAUUUCCUUUGGAUAUUAAAAUAUCUGUGGUGUCCGUUUGUGAAUGCUAAGGCCAGAGAGAUACAGUUGGUACUCGCUGUCACCUUACUAAACCGGAUGGAAUUAACAUUCUUGAUGAGAAUAAUGUGGAAUUUUUGGCUGUUUUCUCAAUAAAUGGAUUGCACAAAGGGGGCUGGCAUUCUAAAACACACACUUAAAUGUAGUACAAACCACUUUAUUCGGUCAAGCUUUUUUAAGACAUUUUCACAAUUUUAUUGUGUUGGUUUCUUGUUUCAGAAAUUGUUGUUUUUCAUCCUACACAAGACUUUGUUUUACUUUUGUUCAGUUUAGGUUUCAUUUGAAUGGAUGCCUUACAAAACUGUGACCAUCAACAUCUUAGUUUUUACUUAAUGUUUUGUAUAUUAACUGCUACGAGGCAAGACAGAAUUGAGAAUUAUAGAAACAGAAUUUAACAACAAAAUAUGUAUUUUAUUAGUCCUUUCAUCUUUAAUUUAGUACACAGUGCAAAUUUGCACAUUUUUUUUUAUUAUAUUGUGUGCAUAUUCAUUAAAGAAGAGUGACAUUUAAAUGAACAAUGUGUAUCUUCCUAAUGUGGAAUUUCAGUCUCGAUUGCACAUUACAUGUAUACUUGCAUUGUCUCAUAUCCUCUUUAUGAGCUGUGAAACACAUGUACUAUGAAAUCAGGGGUGGGUUUCACAAAGAGUUAAAGGCAGUGGACACUAUUGGUAUUUACUCAAAAUAAUUAUCAGCAUAAAA